CACCUAAAUGUGUAGAAAUGUAUAUGCAACUGCUGGAAUUACCCAGCCAACAAAUCAAAUUGUGAAAUAAGUUGACUGCGUUUACUUCGAUAUUAGUUAUUUUGUUUAAAGUGUGCAAUAAAAAAUUGUUGCAAUGAAUUAUUUUUAAAAGAUAUUGCCAAUAAGUCUGAAAUUCAUUUGUGUAUACAGCUUUUUAUUAGUUGCCUGUUUGCUGUUUCCACCACUUCAUCGUUAAUACCAUUACAUUCUAUACGAAUACAAGUGUGAAGUGCAAAAAGCAUAAAACCGGUUCGACCACUUCAGCCAACAAGCCAGCCAGCAGGCCAACCAGCCCCAGCAAACGAAACGCUACUAACAAACGGGCGGUCACACAGCUGGACGGACGGACGGACGGACAGUUCAACUGCCUGUCUGCCUUCCUGCCUGCCUGCCUGCUGGACUUGUCGCUGUUGCCUUUCUAGCCCUAAACCGAAAAGUGAAUGGAAAAGCAGCAAACAAAAAUAUAUAUACAUAAAUACACCCAGCAAACGAUGGGAAAGCAAAACUCCGAUAAGCAGAAGUGCAAGUGGAGAAACAAAUAUUGUUGUAACCAGAAAUCAUAAGUUGAGUGUGUUUGUUCAGUUGUUGUUGCAGUGUUGUUUGUUAGCGUCGUGACAUAAAGAGCAAGUCAGUGCGUGUGAGUAACUGUGAAGAAGCCAUUAAUAAAGUGAGUGAUAAGUCGAGAUAUCGUGCAAAGUGGCCAUAAAAUUGUUUACAUGUGUUUACUAUCAAUUAAAAAGUGUCACAACACUCAGAGGCGAUGAAGGAGUCGAUAAAUAUUGAUGCGCUCCUCUGAAUGCUUCCUUCACCGCCCAGUGCUUCGUAAAUAAAUAACACCCCGAAAAACAGGAAGAAGUGCUGCAUGAGUGCGUGUGAGGGGAAGACACCCAACGUCGCGUGUCACGAAAGCGUUCGAUUAGCAAUCAAAAGUAAAGUCACCACAUAAAUAAUUAAAUAAAGAAUAGAAAGUGCAAUAGAAAGUGAAAGUCGCGUACUUAUGGGAAUUGCUACGCCUCUCAAAUGCCCCGUAAAUGAGCUCAGCAACAAUUAAGUUGUGACAAAAAAGUAAAUAACAAUAAAUUAGAAAGUGCUAAGAAUCUACACAGCAGCGGUAAAGCAACAACAACCAUAAAGACCGCCGCUAUGUCGAUGCGCAGCAAUAAGCUGAACUCAUCGCAGUCCGCGUAUCCGCCGCCGCCGCAAUCGCCGCAGCUGCAAUAUCUGCCACAUCAUCAGCAUCAGCAGCAACAGCUGCUGCAACAAUUGCAACAACAACACAAAUUCCAGCAGCAACAGCAGCAGCUGUCACAGUCGCCACCCAGCGUCUCGCAGCAACAUCAGCACCAGCAUCAGCAGGGCAACGCCACCAACAGUCGCAACAAUCUGGCCACACUGGUCGCGGCCAUUAACAAUGAGAACAGCUAUCAGUUGUCGGCGGCCACGGGCAAUUCGCCAGCCAUAAACGUCACGUCGCCGCCCUCGUACUCGGCCGCCAUAGCGGCUGGCAACGGCGCGGGCGGUGGCGGUGGUGGAGGCAGCAUGAGCGCACCCAUUCUAGAGGGUCACAAAGCGAAUGCUUCACCAUUCCAAUUUCUAAAUCGCUACCAAGCGCAGGAGCUGGCAAAUCUGCCAAACUCACAGUUGGUGGUGGAUGGCGGCGGCGGUGUGGUCGCCGAGGAGGACGUCGAUGAGUUGGAUCCGCAACAGCAGUUGUGUGUGGUUGCCAAAAUGCAGAAAUCGGUAACGAUUACCGUUACGCCACAGCGCAGCAACUCCAUGGACUAUUUGAAUUUCGAGGAGAAACGUCAAUUGAUCGCUUCGUCAUUAUCCUUAUCGGAUAUCUUGCAAUGUAAUCCAGCUGCGGCUGGCAAGGAGGCGGCUGCCAAUGCUAAUGGUAAGCAUGUUGUUCAUAAAAUUAGUUCUACUUCAACACCAAGUGAGUUGUCCCCAAACCACCAAAAUCCACAAUUCUCCACACUGCAAUCCCCCAAAAAGCAAAAUGGUGCUGCCCUGCGUACAAACAGUCUCGGCUCCGGCACACGCACACCCCCGCUCGAGCGUAAAAGCAAGUUAAGUGCUUUGGGGCGAUUCUUCAAGCCGUGGAAGUGGCGGCGGAAAAAGAAGAGCGAAAAAUUCGAAGCAGCUUCCAAGUCACUUGAACGCAAAAUAUCGGUACGUGCCAAUCGUGAGGAGCUUGUACAAAAGGGUAUACUGCUGCCGGAGAGUCCACUGGGGAAUAUACAAGAGCCAGGUGAGGACUCGUACUACAAUACAAAUGCUAACACAUCCAACAACAUCGCCAACGGCUCCAUACUUUCGGCUGCCAAUAAUAACAACAACAACAAUAACAGUAAUGGCAGUACACUGCAGAAUUCCAUUAACACCACCACAGCAGGCAGCGCUGGCGGUGCACUCAUCAGCCAACAGCAGUUGCAACAGCAGCAGCAACAACACCAAAUGGUGAAUGUACCCACAUCAAUAUCCGUGCAACAGUUCAAUGCAAUGAACGGUGGCAACAACAACAACAACGGCAGUAAUAACGGUGUUGGCGGUGUUAACAAUUCCAGUGGCCCAGGCUGUGGCGGCAACGGUCAGAACGGUGGCGGUGGCGGUGGCGACGCAUCACCCAUGUCGAACGUGCCGCACUCACAGUCGGCGCCACAUCAGCUGGGGCAACCGCCGCCGCUCACACCGCUGGCACAGCAUCAUCAGGCGUUGGCGCAACAGUUGCAGCAACGAUUUGCCAUAAGCAAUAAUAACGAAACCAGAAAAGACAAGACUGAUGCACCGCACGCUGGUAAUGGCAUCCUAUCGCCCAAUACCGAACAGCCGUCAGGUCAGAGCUCAUUGCUGCCCCCGCUCGGCGGUGGCAAUGGCGGCGCGCAAGCGAACCACAGCGGAAAUGGUGGCAACACCAGCGGCGGCAGCGGUCGUGAUCACCAUGACGGCGCUCCACACACACACAAUUCCAAAAUGGAACGUCCAAAUACGCUCGGCACCAGCAACAACAAGGUGUCACGUCGCGUAAACAUUUGUUAUCAUAAUGAGCAUUAUCCCGAUGGUGGCGCUGCAGUGAACAAUGUAAUCGGCGGACCGCCCGGCAGCACACCGCCGCCAUACACAGCCGAUGGCAAAAUGCCGAAUACCCAGGGUGGCGGUGGCGGUGGCAAUGUUAUGCUCUCCGAGUUGCCCGAACCACCGAUACCAGUGUCCGAGAUUGGCCCAAUCCCACCGCCGCCCAUGUUCUCAACACCGAGUCCAACAUUGAUAGCUGGGCGCGCUCAUGGGCCGGGUGCGAUGAAUGAUCAAGGCUAUCAGGAUUAUGAUUAUGAUGAUCAAGAGCCUGACGACGAUCAGCUAGACUCGGAUGAGGAGUAUAUGUUCCAGUUGCGACAGCAACAACAAUCAUUACAUCCCAAUCAUGUCGAUACACAGCGCGUUGAGGAAAUUCCAGCCAAAGAGCCAAAACCAAAUGCAGUUCCUCUCAAGUCGGCACUAAAGAAGAAGCCCGGCGGCCAAACGUCCAGCUCAUCGCCGGCCACGCCCACACAAGAUCACAGCAACGCCAAUGGCAAUGUGCAGCAAGGGGGCGGCGGCGGCGGUGCAGCAACGUCGGCCAGUCAGCGACCGCUGGUGGUGCGUCAAGACGCCACAAACAGUUAUUCGCUUAAGCCAAUACUACGACCACGGAUUAGAAUAUGCAGGCAGCAGGUGUUCAAUAUGAAUCUGCCCUGCACCGUCGAGAACAAGGAGAACGCACGGCCGUUUGUGAUACGCGAGAGCAGCAGCGACAGCGACGAGGGCGACGGGCGCAUACUCUACCGCGACGACGACAACGACCGACAGGCGAAAAUCGCGCGCAAGGAAUCGUUGUCGCUGAAGCUGCAACUGCGCCCCGACAAACAGGAUCUGAUCAACCGCAAUAUCCUGCAUCAGGUGACCGAUAAUGAGAUCAAGGAGUCGAAGGAGGCCAUUGGCGCACGUCUCAUACGCCGACUGUCGAUGCGGCCCACCGCCGAGGAGUUGGUGGAGCGCAACAUAUUAAAGACACAAUCACCCGCCGAAGAGAAGAAGCAAAAGGAGGAGAAGAAAUCGUAUCUGCUGCGCAAAUUGAGUUUCCGACCCACCGUCGAGGAGCUGAAGGAGAAGAAGAUCAUACGUUUCAACGAUUACAUUGAGGUGACACAGGCGCACGACUACGAUCGGCGUGCGGACAAGCCAUGGACAAGACUGACGCCGAAGGAUAAGGCUGCCAUACGCAAGGAAUUGAACGAGUUCAAAUCAUCGGAGAUGGCGGUGCACGAGGGUAGUCGGCACUUGACGAGGUUCCAUCGGCCAUGACAAAUGCAAGGGCAGCAAACGACACUUGCAGCAGCAGCCACGUCAGCAGCAACAUCAGCGAAAAACUCAUUUUCCAAAUGCAACCAACACAAUUUUGUGCUCGAACAGCAAAGGCGGCAACAACAACAGCAGCAGCAAAAGUUCGAGCGUGAUGGCAUAAAAACGAGAAAAUGAAAUUUAAGAAAAUAAAAACAAAAAAAAAAUUCCAAAAAAAAAUUCAAAACUUCACAGAAAAAUGGAUAAAAAAAUCGAAAAAUGAAAUGCUCAAAGACGACAAGGCAAAAUUGAAAAACCGAAAAAAAAACAGACAACAAAAACACACACAAAAAAUGUGAAUUAGAUUGUUGAAAGAAAGCGAGCAGAAGAAGAGGAAGAAGAAGUAAAAGGUUAAGAGAAAACAAAGACAAAUUGCAAAAAUGGCAAAUAAAUUUCUAUUUCUACAGUAAAAAAGUAAAAAGUAAAUAAACGAUAAAUUUAAUAAAUAAAAAACAAAAAACAACAACAACAAACAGAAAAUAAGUUAAAGUAUAGCAGAAGCAGCCGGCAGAUGCAGGCGCGAAGUUUAAAGUAUAAACGCUAAGGCAGUAAGGCGACCAAAAGCCAAUAAAUAAGUAAAUAAAUAAAUAAUAGAAUAAAGUUGACGACAGUAGUGAGAGUAACAAACGCAACAACAACAACAACAGCCACAACAAAGAACAACAGCAAGAGCAGCAGCAGCAGCAGUAGCAGUUUCUAACGAUUUAACAUUUGGGGUUUCAACACAAAAAAAACUGCAGCAAAUGCAAAAGCAAAAACAACAAACAAUAGUAAAAAUAUUACACAAAACAAAUGGACAACAGUGCUACUGAGCAACGCUUGUACGGCAGCUUGUCCGGCUUUGUCGAGCGCUCUGCAAUGUACAUCGACUCUCUAAAUACCUGCUUAUUUGUCGUCGCCGCGGUGGCGAAGCGGCAGCAAAUCCACUUAGCGCGGCGGCAGCAGCCGGCCAAGCAGAAAAGGACAGCAAAUGCGCUGGGCAAGCCUCAAAUUCCAUGUGCUGUGGAACUCAAGGAAGGAGGGAGGAAGGUGUGUUGCUAGCAAAUUGCUUGGAAUGAGUUUAGAGAGAACGAGUCAAAGCCAGAGCCAGAGCCACAAAAAAAUAUCCAUUCCAAUAAAAACGAAAAUGUACGGCCACAACAACAAUGUCAGCAACAAAUAAAAAGGCAGUUAUGCAAACGAUUUCGCCAUGGCGAUAACAAUUUUCAACAACAACAACAACAACAGCAGCAGCAAGAACAUCACUGACGAAACUAAACUCAGCGGCAACAACUACAACAACGGCAAUCAUUAAUGCCACUAAUGACAAUUAUGCCGGUGCAGCUGCAAAACAACAACAACAAAACUACAACAACUCAACAAAGAAAAAGCCAGUUGAAUUUUAAUUUGCCCCGUUAUUCGCCCGUAAAGCUGAAUGGCGGCGCGCACACAGACGGACAUUUAAAGUACACUUAAGCACAUUAUUGUUAUUUAUAUUGCAAAAGCAGCCUCCACCCCCCACCCGCUGACUCUAGCGUCUCUAGCGUUCAGCCAGCAGUCAUUCAAGCGCAAAGUUUUCCAGCAGCACUUGUCUACGAAACUGUUGCAGAAGAAUUUUCCACUUUCUCUUUAUGUUAAGUUGAAUUGUUGUUUGUCUAUUCUCUUUUGUAGCGCUUGUUUACAUGCUCCGCAGAAUGAUAGCCCCGAACACUUGAUUAUAUUAUACACAUGUAUCCUAUUCUAUUCUAUCCUAUUCUAUUCUAUUCUAAAUAUAAUUUGUAACUAGCAAACGUAAUUGUAAUUCGUACAAUAAAUUUGUUUUGUAAACUUAAACUUAAUAUCUCUAAGAGCAAAUAAAACCGAAAAGUACUUACAGCAAUGACAGAAUUACGAAAUGAAAUAUUAAAUUAGAACUUUGAAGUAUCGAUGUGGACAUCUGCAACGCAGAGAAUAUUUAAUACAAAAUAUUAUUAAUUCGGAUGCGAAAUAGUAUGAAACAGAAGUUUAGAUACAACAGCGAGAACUGUUCUGAAGAUGAUGUGGAACGUAAGCUUGUAGUGGUGCGUUGAUUCCACAAUGUACCAAGACAUAUAGUGAAACCUAUUGAAUUCGAUAGCGUCUGACAUCUUUUGCUAAAAUAAAAUUAAAAAGUUUUUUAUGAUCGCUCUUGGCCGAAAACUAUUCGAGUUCCACUGUUGUGACUCUACCGGAUCGAAGUUAUUAUUUGAAGCCAAGCAGUUGAUGAUAAAUUUCAUAGAGCUUUACGCGACUCAUGCUUCUGUAAAAUAUUUUUUCGCACAAAAAACAAUAUUUUCUAAUUCUUCAACUAUGUUUGAUACUGCUGAAAAGCUUUCCUUAACUUUCAAAUGUGUUGUUUUGUGUAGCAACUCUUAACGGUUAAUCUAUGAAUAUAUCUAUGAAUAUAAUAUUAAACAACAGAAAGUUUUUGUGUCGCCAGUUGGGCCUUUGCAGAGUUUUGGUUACAUUCCAUUUGUAUAUAAAUUCAUUCAAUAAAUAAUAUAUUAUAAAAAAACCAUACAACUCGGUCCUUCUGAACCAUGCUUUUAAAUAAUUGAAAGAUAUAUAAAUCGAAAUACCAUACAACCACAUUUGAAAGCUUGUUUAACUAUUUACACCAGUUAUGUAAGUGCUGUUGUUCGAAAAUGUUCGCUACUAAGUUCGAGUACUCGAUCAGUGAGCUGUUUUAGAACGCCGUAUUAAAAGUUGCGUGCUGUCAUUGCUGGAGUCAGAACAUGCAAAACACGAUAUUUUCCGGAGGAAAAUAAAUUUUCAUUGUUUUGAAGAGCUGCAAUUAGUUUAUCAUUAUUUUAACAAUUUAUUUGUUUUUUAUUAUUUAAAGAAAAAAUUAAAUGUUUUUUUAACUUCCUAAAGCAUUUCAUUUGGGCAGUAACAACUUUAAAAGUAUUUUUAGUAUUAUGCUUUAAAUAAAUUUAUUUAAUGAAAAACAAAAAUAACAGGAAUGAGUUGACAUUUAAUAAAAUAUUUUGAUUUUAUUUUAUUUAUCAGGCAGGUUCUGCAAUCCGAGUGAAAGUGAAAUUAAAAAAAUUAAUUAAAAAAAAUGUGAAAAUUGAAAAGUAAAAUCGAAAUUCAGUACACCAAAUAUCGGUUUGAAAGUGAGUUUGCUUGAAUUUCACUCGGAAGUGAAUUACAGAAACUGCCUGUAUAUAUCAUAUAACUCGCGUUUUAGUUCUUUCAGCUCUGAUACUAAUUUUUAUUGACAAAAACUGUCCAAAUUUAGUAAAAAAAAUUUUAAAUUUAUUGUUUGUUAAUUUUUUUCUGUUUUCAAACAUAUUUGUUAGCUUUAAGUUGAAUAUAACGAAAUCCACAACACAUACAUACGUAUUUAUUGUACAAAAUUACAAAGGCGUAGGGUAUAGUAUAUACAUAGAGACGCAUAUAUAUAUAUAUAUGUGCAAAGAGUCCGCUGUGUUUUGAAUGGAUUUUCUUGAGACAAAAAAGUGAUUGCUUAACAUUUUGUACAACUGUAUUAGACAUACAUACAUACACACACUAAUUUCUGCUUAUGUCCAUCAUAUGCUGCUACAUAUGUAUGUGAGCGCGUAUCGUGAAGUUACAACAAAAAAACAUAUUAAUAAAUGUUUAAAUAAAUUGCAAAUUAACAUAUAAGUCAAUACAUAUUUAUGUACGGAGCGCGGGUGAAGAGGCGAUAAAGUCACUUGCAGUUAAUGCAAAGCUGGAUAUUAAUUCGUAUUUGUACUUGUAUUGUAGCGAAAUGUGUUAAAGAAAAAAUAAAAGCGUAGAGUGUGAAAGGAAGAAGAGAAGACGGCGUAGAUUUGCAGUAGAGUAGUAAAGCUUUGCAGCAACAAGCAAACCGUCGCAUAAAAGUCGCAUAUAUUGUGACAAUGCUCGGUGAUAAGCAAUACAUAAGCCGGUAUGCAUGCGAGUGCCACUCUCGCAGAUAUUUCUAUUAAGUUUAAUAUUGUGUCAAUAACUACUUUAUUACUGUUAUAACAGCGAACUAAAUACUUUUUUCUUGACAUAUCGUUAAUUGUACGACAUUUAUAAUUAGGUUUGUUAAUUCUGUGUUUUUACUAUUAUUUUCGUUUUUUUUUUUUUGGUUUUGUUUGUUUUUGCGAACAACAAAAGUGUUUGUGUAAUUAUCUAAUUUGUAAUGAUAAAAAAUUGAUUAAUUUCAUUAGCUACUUUCCGGUAAUCAUAUUCGAUUGAAAUGUAAUUAUUGCUAAGUUUAAGAUAUAUUAAAAUUCAUUUAAUUGUAAUUAACCGUUAAAUAUGAAAAAUAUAAUAAAAAGAGAGAGAGGAGCGGAGAGUAGCAACCAAGUGAAAAAUUAUAUAUUGUAAACAAAAACAAAAACAAAACAAAA